GGGCCCGUCUUCUACCUUCUACGACGUCGUUUUGGGCGAUGAAACGACGUCGUUUAUGCUGGUUAUUCGUAUUCCCUUCUAGAACCAUGUUUGCCAGUAUUCAACUCUGCUUUUUUUUCCUUCUUCCCAUAUCGGCAAACGGAAAAAAGUUGUCAAUUUUACGUACUUUCUCUCUCUAGAUUUAUAAAACCCCAAUUCCAAUUCGAUCCAACUAUGAUCAACUGACCCACACAGAUCGGCAGCCGAAUCGGAGCAAAUGGGUUGCACGCAAUCGAAGAUCGAGAACGAAGAAAUCGUGACGAGAUGCAAAGAACGGAAGUUGUUCAUGAAGGAUGCGGUGACGGCACGCAACGCCUUCGCGGCGGCGCACUCCGCCUACGCCAUGUCGUUGAAGAACACCGGCGCGGCCCUCAGUGACUAUGCCCACGGCGAAGUCCAAAACCCCCAACUUCCCACGCAGACCAACUCCAAUAACCCGCCCCACUACGAGACCCUUCCUCCGCCACCGCCGCCCCUCCCCCAUUUCCCUGCGGCGCCGCUCCAGCGGGCUGCCACCAUGCCGGAGUUCAAGCUUCCGAAGCCGGACUCGACGCCCUCUGACACGAUAGAGGAAGAGAACGAAGACGAAAUUUCGGAUGAUGAAAUGGGUAGCAGCAGUUUGAGGCACCGGAGCAGUCGCCGGAGUGGAGGUGGGAGUAGGAGUGCCAAAUUGGAGGUGGAAGAUGAUAGCCCCCCGCCACCGCCGCCGAGGGUGGAUACGCCGCCUCCUCCGCCGCGGAGAGAGGAGCCUCCGUCGAUGCCCCCGGAGACGAAUAACGCCACGUGGGAAUUUUUCUUCCCGUCGGUGGAGAGUAUGCCAGGGACGACACUGAGUGAGGUGGAAGAGGUCAGGGUACAUGAGCAGAAGGUGUUUGAGGAAAGGCCUAAGAGGGUUGAUGAAACUCCGGUGGUAGUGGAGAAUCCAGUGGAACCGGCACCGGCACCCCCACCACCAGGGGCGGUGGUGGGACCGAAGAAUCCAAAAAAGGUGAAACAAGGGUCGAGUUCGGUCACUGCAGGGCCAGGAGCAGGGGUCAUGGAGGUGAAGAGAGCAGGAGGAAAGAAUUUGUUACAAAUAUUUGUUGAACUAGAUGAUCAUUUUCUUAAGGCCUCAGAGAGUGCCCAUGAGGUUUCCAAGAUGCUUGAGGCUACCCGAUUGCAUUAUCACUCUAAUUUUGCAGAUAAUCGAGGCCAUAUUGAUCAUUCUGCAAGGGUCAUGCGGGCAAUUACAUGGAAUAGAUCAUUCAAAGGUUUGCCAAAUGCCGAUGAUGGGAAGGAUGAUUUUGAUUCAGAAGAGCAUGAAACACAUGCCACAGUCUUGGAUAAAAUGCUAGCAUGGGAGAAAAAAUUGUAUGAUGAAGUGAAGGCAGGUGAGAUUAUGAGAUUCGAGUAUCAGAAAAAAGUUGCCAUGCUGAACAAGCAAAAGAAACGUGGUACCAACGCUGAAGCAUUGGAAAAAACAAAAGCAGCAGUUAGUCAUCUGAAUACAAGAUACAUAGUUGAUAUGCAGUCCAUGGACUCAACAGUUUCAGAAAUAAACCGUCUAAGAGAUCACCAAUUAUACCCAAAACUUGUAGCACUUGUUGACGGGAUGGCCACAAUGUGGGGAACCAUGCUAGAACAUCAUAAAAGCCAGUCAAAGACUGCUAUGGCUCUGAAAUCUUUGGACAUCUCCCAGUCCCCCAAGGAAACGAGUGAGCACCACCAUAAGCGCACCAUCCAGCUGUGGAUGGUUGUCCGAGAGUGGCAUUCACAGUUCGAUAAGCUUGUUACCAAUCAGAAAAAUUAUAUAACAGCCCUGAAGAAGUGGUUGAGGCUAAAUCUAAUCCCAAUAGAGAGCAACCUGAAAGAGAAAGUUUCUUCCCCACCAAGGCCCCAAAAUCCCCCGAUUCAGGCGCUCCUGCAAGCCUGGAAUGAUCAUCUGGAAAAGCUUCCAGAUGAGCUUGCAAAAACCUCUAUAUCCAACUUCGCUGCUAUCAUAGAAACUAUAAUGCAACAUCAACAGGACGAGAUGAGAUUGAAGGCAAAAUACGAGGAGACUGCAAAGGAGCUUGAACGAAAAACCCGGCAAUUUAAUGACUGGCACAGUAAGUACAUGCAGAAGAGAAUACCAGAUGAAAAUGACCGAGAGCACUCGGGAGAUGAUCCGCAUGAUGAUGUUGUUAUUGAGAGGAAGUUAGCAGUGGAGACAUUAUCAAACAGGCUGAAAGACGAGGAGGAAACCUACCAGAAGGAGUGCGUUCUGGUAAGGGACAAGUCUUUGGCGAGCCUUAAAAACCACUUGCCGGAGCUUUUCCGGGCACUAUCAGAAUUCUCUUAUGCAUGUUCAGAUAUGUACAGUCGAUUGAGGUCCAUUUCACGUUCCCAGAAGCCUGCUGGGAACUAGUGGUGGUAAUAUGUUUCUAUGUUAUUGUAUAAUUCGGUUGUGUCAUGUAACUUACCAACUUUUGCAUUCCUCGUUUGAGACCAAUAGGAGUUUGUGAAUUUUCAUCAAUUUUUUUGGAGUUGAAGAGAUGUCAUGAAUAAUGGCUUUUUUCGAUUAUACUAUGGAGAUGAUAGGCUAUAUUUAUAGGUU